ACUGGUUCGACCUGCGCGUGGCCAGGUCGCGGGUGGGGGCCAGGCUGUCAUGUCGUCGGGGGGCUGAGUUUGAGCGCUAGCGCGACCGCUUUUCAAGCAGCGUCACUCUGAGUGACCGAGCAUAAAGUCGCAGCGCUCCAUUUGGUACGUCGUUUGCCCUGACGCUGUUGGUUAGUUGAUUCUUUGCCCCAGUCCGGCCCGAAAGCGGCCCCCAGACACCGCGAGUGAGAAAACGCUCCAGGAUUGAAAGGCACGCCAUGGGCCUGGAGUUUUCUCCGCCGCCCAGGUGAAGUACACGGAGCAUCGCAUCAUGGACUUUGCUGGCAAGCGCGGCAUCAUGAGCAGAGGGAAGUCCGAACCUGGUUCGCUGCAGCCGCUGCGGCUGCGUUCGAAGACGAGCGACCUCGUCUCUGGGGCCGACAUCGCGGAACCAGCGCGUCCAGGGGGAUUUGUUUGGGGGGACCGUCGGUCGCCACGGUUGGAAUCGCCUCGAUAUCAUAGUCAGAACGCGCGUGGGCCCACGGUUCGACUCGGAACGAUCGAGACCCAAACUUCAGAACGUCGUGAAAGAAACGUGGCGGGCGCCGUACCGCUGUCGGUAUACGAAUGUUUCUUUGAUCCGCGGCGGAGAAAUGGCCCCCGAUACGGGGUCGAGAGCUCCGUUGGGGGUGCGCCCUUCUCAAUUGCAGUCUCGGAGUUUGCGUUCCGGCUCCCAAUCCCGCUCCCUCCUCGCCCUGCUGCGUUCGGUUUUCUCAUCCCUCCCUUGCUCCUUGCUCGCUGGCAGGGCCUCCCUCCGCGGCCGUCUUCCGUCUCCUGCUGCACGCAAAUGCCCGUUCAGGUUCGUUCGCGUUGUGCCCCGCAUCGGUGCGACGAAAACGUGCACUGGGAGCGGCGAGGCAAGGGGGGGAAGGACACGCCCGCCACGUACCAGGCGCCCGCAGUGCCGUUCUGGGCCCACACCUCGGUGCACAGCAGCACCCAGCGAGGAUACAAGCCACGCCCGCCAGGCUCCUGGCCCGCAGGCAGGCCUGGUGGGCGGGACUGCGGGGGCCCGGAGGCGGGUGGUCCCCUCGGCAUUCGGAGGGGGGCUCUCCGGUUCCGCGCCUGCCGAUGCCCCAGAUCGUCUUCCUCGCCAAGGCCCAGACCCUCGAGUCGUUUGAUUUCGCGAACCCGCAGCCAGCGACGACAUUGGAGAAGACGCUGUCCUUCGAGGUGCCGCCUCAGAGGGCGGACGCCGCGAAGGAGUUUUCCGGCUUCUGCAUGUGGACCAGGCCUGUUUUUUCCGUCCACUGCUCCAAGAAGAUGACGGAGGAGGGAGGAGGUGAUUUGAGCUUUUCCAGGGGGUCUAGGGACGUUCCAGGCCGUUCUGAAGGAGUGUAGGUAGUUUCUGAAGGGUAUUCUGCCCCUCCAGAACUUCCCAGUCCUUGAUCCCUUUUUCAUCCUGCUGCUCUUGCUUCUGUUCCCAUUACUUGUAGGUUCCUCCUUUGUGUCCUCCUCCUCCUCCUUUUUCUUCUUUAUCUUUCUCAUCCUCUUUGCCUUUCCCCCCUGCCGGUUUCGAGGCGAGUUCAUUGUCUUUGAAGGCCAUUGUUGUCCGACCAAGAGCAGCCACUGUUUCUAUUGGACAGCGGUAAUUUGAGGCGUCGUCCCGUUUCAUCUAGUUGCACUGCCACGCGAAUCAACCUCCGCGCUCGGGCGGGC